AUGGAAUACUCGCAAGAGCAACUUAACUACUUCAGACUCUGCUACGUAGGAUUUGAUUUGGUUCCAGUGGGACUGCGGCAGAUUUUCAAAAACGAGUGGGAUUUCCUUUAUAAAGGAACGUUAAUUGGAGAAUGGAAAGACACGGCACAAAAUGGUCAUGAUUUCUGCAACAAGGAAUCUAAAGCAAGUCACAAGAAAAACGCCCGAUGUCUGGCCAAAAUCCACAAUGGUAACACGGCAGACUGGGACUGCACCUGUUUGUCUUUUGCCAUUCUGUACUCGGACAGCAUUGGUACUACCUUAAGUCCAGCUGUCCGUAAAGAGGUCGAUGAUAUUCGUCAGGUGCGAAACGCGAUCGCUCAUAUCACCGAGGCUAAGUUGACAGAUGCCGACUUCCAAACUUUUGUAGACAGAGUGAUGAACGCUUUUACAUCCCUUGGUCUUGCUGUAACUGAGAUUCAAGAAAUAAAGAACCAGACGACCUUCCCAACGAAGGAGGUGGAAAAAUUUAGGAAGCAAGUUCGCGAUCUCCAAACCGAGUUAGAUCAGACAAAAAGCACUCUUCAAAGUACAGAAGCCGCCCUGGUUUCUACAAAAGAAGAAAACAAAUCUCUCGCACAGGAAAUAAGUGCAAAACUUCAGUCAUUUUGCAUUCUCGCCCCGCGCCCACCACAUGUUAUCAUUAGGCGCUCGCAUGAUAUUGAAAGAAUCACUAACAAAAUGGAGGAACUUUACAAUGGUUGCAGUGGAGCAGUCAGUACUGUGUAUUUGUCAGGAAAUCCAGGAUGUGGUAAGACCCAACUUGCCCGGGAAAUUGGACAACAGCUCUUUUAUGAACAAAACAAUGAUCUUAUCUUUGCUGCGACACUGAACACAGAAAGUAUCGAGACUCUUGUUGACUCUUACCUCACCCUUGGAAGACACCUAGGGAUAACAGAAUACGCCUUGACAAGCUUAGAAUCUUCAAAAAAUGUGAACCCUACUGAAGCAAUUAAACAGCUCCAUCGCUUGAUUAUGCCGAAGACCAGCAAGUUUACCAAAUGGUUGAUAAUAGCAGACAAUGUGAUUGACUUACGCUCAGUCCGCGACUUGCUACCUCAGACUGGUAGUAAAGAAUGGGGCCAUGGGCAAGUGCUGAUUACCACUCAAGAUAGUGGUACAAUUCCUCAAAACGCUCCUCACACGUAUCAUAAAUCGUUAAGCAAAGGAAUGAGACGGGACGAGGCAGUGGAAUUGCUGGAAAAAGUAUCGCAAAUUUCAGAGCGAGUACAAGCAGAAAAUGUCGCUGAACUUCUCGAUUUUCAGCCACUGGCUUUAGCUGCUGCUGCUUAUUACGUGCAAACUGUUGUGACCAGUGGGUCUUCAAAUUAUAAUUGGAAAGCAUAUCUUCAAGACAUAUCAACAUACAGCCAGCGAAAAAAGACCGAAACUGUCCUUGCUAAUGAGAGUUCAGCCUAUGCUAAAACAACAAUGGCCGCAGUAGAAAUGGCAAUCCACAGAGCUGUUGAAACAGACGAGAUCUUUCGUCAUACAUUCUCUUUUCUGUCGGUCUGCGCUAACGACGACCUACCACUCGAAACUGUUUUAAAGUUCGUCAAAGCCCAAGUAAAAAACGAGCUGGAGGUUUUAAUGAGGGCAAAGAUUGUAAAGUCCUCUUUAAUUCUUGUUCAUUCCGAAGAAGGGGGUGAACGAACUUAUUUACGUUUACAUAAAGUUGUACAUGAAGCUUUAAAACAAGUCGAGAUAGCUUACCUGAUAUCAUGCCGGAGGAGAGACCAGACCAUGGCAGAAGCGGUAAAGAUUUUCAAUGUUGAACUUCACGAAAAUCAUGGGAAUUAUGCGUUUUGUAAAAAAUUGAGGCCCCACUGUGAAUCUUUACUUAAGCAGAUGACGUCAGAGUUUAGUUUGGAUCAAAGCACUUUUUUAGAGAGAUUUAAGCCCUUCGUAGAUUUGGAUACAGUUAUUGAUUGGCUACAUAAUCUCGCCUGGGUCUGUCAAAGAAGCUCCUAUUUCUUCUCUGCGAAAAAUGUAGCCAACUUAGCGUGCGAUCUACUGGGGAACUUAGACGACACUCCCACGGUUGCGUUAACUCGUAAAUGGAAGGUUUUGAAUGUAAGUGGCGAAGUGUACCACAGGCUGGUAGAAUACAAUCAAGCAAAAGAUCUUCACGAAGAAGCACUGAAGAUUAGCAAAAAGAUUUUUAGUGAAGAUCAUGCCCAUGUAGCAACAAGUUAUAACAACUUGGCAUCAGUGUACCUCAGCCUGGGAGAAUACAAUCAAGCCAAAGAACUUACCGAGAAAGCACUGACGAUUUACAAAACGAUUUUUGGUGAAGAUCAUGCCGAUGUAGCAACAAGUUAUAGCACCUUGGCAUCAGUGUACAACCGCCUGGGAGAAUACAAUCAAGCCAAAGAACUUACCGAAAAAGUAUUGACGAUUUACAAAAAGAUUUUUGGAGAAGAUCAUGCCGAUGUAGCAACAAGUUAUAACAACUUGGCAUCAGUGUACGACAGCCUGGGAGAAUACAAUCAAGCCCAAGAACUUUACGAAAAAGCACUGGUGAUUUACAUAACGAUUUUUGGCGAAGAUCAUGCCCAUGUAGCAACAAGUUAUAACAACUUGGCAUCAGUGUACAACAGAUUGGGAGAAUACAACCAAGCCAAAGAACUUCACGAAAAAGCACUGACGAUUCUCAGAAAGAUUUUUGGUGAAGAUCAUGCCCAUGUAGCAACAAGUUAUAACAACUUGGCAUCAGUGUACUACGACCUGAAAGAAUACAAUCAAGCCAAAGAACUGCACGAAAAAGCACUGACGAUUCGCAAAAAGAGUUUUGGUGAAGAUCAUGCCGAUGUAGCAACAAGUUAUAACAACUUGGCAUCAGUGUACAGCAACCUGGGAGAAUAUAAUCAAGCCAAAGAACUACUGGAAAAGGCACUAAUGAUUGACAAAAAGAUUUUUGGUGAAGAUCAUGGCAGUAUAGCAACAAGUUAUAACAACUUGGCACAAGUGUACAGCAAACUGGGAGAAUAUAAUCAAGCCAAAGAACUACUGGAAAAGGCACUGAUGAUUGACAAAACCAUUUUUGGUGAAGAUCAUGGCAGUGUAGCAACAAGUUAUAACAACUUGGCAUUAGUGUACAAAAACCUGGGAGAAUACAAUCAAGCCAAACAACUUCACGAAAAGGCACUGACGAUUCGCAAAAGGACUUUUGGUGAAGAUCAUGCCGAUGUAGCAACAAGUUAUAACAACUUGGCAUCAGUGUACAAGAGCUUUGGAGAAAACAAUCAAGCCAAAGAACUUUACGAAAAAGCACUGACGAUUCGCAAAAAGAUUUUUGGUGAAGAUCAUGCCGAUGUAGCAACAAGUUAG